AUGGCAGCCGACGAGAAGGAUCCUCUGAGUUAUUUCGCAGCCUACGGCAGCAGCAGCUCUGGCUCCUCGGAUGAGGAGGACAACAGCGAGCCGGAGGAGGCGAGUCGGCAGGCCCCGGAUCCAGCGAAAUCGGCCAGCGGCUGUGGAAACAAGGCGGAGAAGCGGCUGCCGGGACCCGACGAGCUGUUCCGGAGCGUGACUCGGCCGGCCUUUCUGUACAAUCCGCUCAACAAGCAGAUAGACUGGGAGAGGCACGUGGUGAAGGCGCCUGAGGAGCCUCCCAAAGAAUUCAAAAUAUGGAAGUCAAAUUUUGUCCCACCUCCCGAGAGCUACACGACGGAGAAGAAACCGCCACCCCCAGAGCUGGAUAUGGCAAUCAAAUGGUCUAACAUAUAUGAGGACAAUGGCGACGAUGCCCCCCAGAAUGCUAAGAAAGCCAGGCUUCUGCCAGAAGGCGAGGAGACCGUGGAAUCCGAUGAUGAAAAAGAAGAGCAUAUGUCUAAAAGGCGUAAGAUGGAAUCAGGAGAACCAGCAAAGAAGAAAAAAUAGAAAACAACAAACGUGAAUUUCUGGACUGCGGAACUUGUUGAAGUGUUUCUUUGGACAUAAUUAAAGUUGAUACUGUAAAUUAAGUAUUAUCCUAGAAACUUUCCAUUGAAGAAUUCAUUUUUAUUUAAAAGUCAAAUGGUGACUUGUGAUUGUGGAAUUGACAGCACUUGGAAGCAUUCUCAUUAUCACAGAAUUGAUGACAUGCUUUCAGAGUUUUGGCAUGUUGAUAAGUCAUUGUUCUAUGAACCUUUUAUAAAGGAAUAUUUUUAAAAUAUAUUGUAAUGCACUAUGAACUUGUAGGGUGCUUUUCAACAGUGUUUGUAUAGUGUAAAUAGAUCAUGGAAAUAAAAGUGCUUAUUCGAUUUAACUAUUACUGUACAACAUAAACAUUUGAAUAUUUGUUAUAAGUCCCCCUUUUACAAGGUGUUUUAGGUUGUAAAGGUGUUACCGUUUUUAGGGCAUGCUCUCUAUGGUCCAGGUGCUUUGUGCAUAUGUUACCUGUUCCUUUACCUAGUAAAGCAGUAGUGUCCUUUUACAAUAGAGAUUAACUUGUCCAAUGUUAACACAGCUAGUGAGUGUUGAAUUUGAGAUUUCACCUAGGAUACUGGAACCCCAAAAUCAUCGCACUAAACCACCUAUUCAUCAGUCAAAUUCACCUGUCUCUUAAGGAUUGCAUCAAUGGCCACUUCUCCCCCAGGUACUUUUCUAUAGUACUUACUAGAAAUCCUUUCCUCCCUUGAUUGUAUUACUGGACUUAGCACCUAUUCCUUAUAUUAUGUUUACUCAUUUAUUUCCCUGAUAAGUAGUUUACUGAAGACAGAGUCAUGCGGCAACUAAAAAUAAAGAUGGCUCAGUUAACUUAAGUGUCAGAUAAUCUCCUGGUAUUUACAAUAUUUGGGAUAUAUACUCCAAAUUUAUCAUCUGAAAUUUAAAUGCAACUGGCUGUCUUGCAUUUUAUCUGGCCAUCCUACUACAUUUUUUCCCCCCAUAGUUUUUAAAUCUUCCUUCUCCCUACUUCCUUUGGCUUUUUUUAACCCGAUCUUAUAUUUGAAUGUUUUACAUACAGUCUUUAAGGCAAUUUAGGGGAAAUAUGCCCUUUGAUUUGAGUUCUACAGUCGAAAAUGCAGAUAUUGUUUGUGACAUUUCAGAUAAUAAAGAGUUUAUAACAUA